GUAUCCAGUUUAGUACUCCAUGAAUCCUUAGGGUAAUAUACACCUAUUAUGAAGUCCUCGAAUAAGAGUCAUAUAUCAAUGAUCUAUUUUAAUUCACAUAAAUACAACUGCAUUCCUUUUAAAAUAGCCUAUCUUAAUUAUUUCACUGACAGUUCUCUUAGUCCUUUUGAAUCACCCUAGUUGGAUUUUAAAAAUACCAAGCCAAUAUCUACCUUAAUUUUCCUUUCAGCAAUGAAUGUCUGAUAUUCCUCUCACAAGCAACAUGAAAAUAUACAACAGGGAGCUGUUUUAAAUUGUCAAUUGUGUACAGAAGGUUGGUUGGGGGCAAUUUUUUAAUUGGUCGCCUUUUCCCUUUCUCUUCAAAGGCUCAACACAAGAGCUGCAACAAAAAAAAAAUCCCCACACCCUUCUUCCACUGCGUAGUCACCGCCGAAGCUUCUUUUAAUAAAAGCAUGUUGGCUCAUCGGUUUAUUUUCGGCAGUGGCAACCAUCAAAAGCAGGGGAGGAGGAAAGGGCGCUCGUUGCUAUGGCAACCAUCCCCCCAAGCCCAGCAGCAAGUGAAAAGAAAAAGAAGGCGUGGAAAGUCCUGAAGGCUGAGAGGAUGGAGACCAGGGGCCAGGGAGGGGGGUGGCUAGGACUUUCAGGCUUUUCCUCUCGGUUUGGUCCGGCCAAAGAUCCAACCUGGGGGGACCCUCCGCUCAGGUUAAGGGGCUGGGAUAUUGGGGAAUCUCUCCGGACCACCUUAAAAAAAAGAAAGGGAGAAAAGGGUGGGGGCCUGAGGUGGUGAGCGGGGGAGGGAAAAAAACCGCGAGCCCGCCCCCCUCCCCGCCGCAGAGCCAGCCUCCACUUCACUUCCUGACUUUGAAAGCUUGUCUUCCCUCCUGCCUUUCAACAUGGCCGGCCCAAGCGCCAGGGAGGCCCGGGGGGCCGGGGCCCCAAGCUUCGUGGUUGCUGCUGUGGCCGUGGCGCUGGCGCUUGUCGGGCCCCCUCCGGCGGCUGCAGGGCAGGAGCCGAGUAGGGUCCGAGCCAUGACCUCCUCCAACUGGACCCUGGUGCUGGAGGGGGAGUGGAUGCUGAAAUUUUAUGCCCCAUGGUGUCCAGCCUGCCAGCAGACUGAAUCAGAAUGGGAGACUUUUGCCAAAAAUGGUGAAAUACUUGAUGUCAGUGUGGGAAAGGUGGAUGUCACUCAAGAACCAGGUUUGAGUGGCCGAUUCUUUGUCACCACACUUCCAACUAUUUUCCAUGCAAAGGAUGGGAUAUUUCGCCGAUAUCGUGGCCCAGGGAUCUCCAAAGACCUUCAGGAUUACAUCUUAGAGAAGAAGUGGAAAGCAGUUGAGCCUGUGUCUGGCUGGAAAUCCCCAUCUUCUAUAACAAUGUCUGGAAUGGCUGGGCUUUUCAGUUUAUCAGGCUGGAUACGGCAACUUCACAACUAUUUCACAGGGACUCUUGGAAUUCCAGUCUGGGCUUCAUACUUGAUCUUUGUUGUAGCUACACUAAUGAUUGGCCUUAUCCUUGGUCUGAUACUGGUUUUACUUGCGGACUGCUUUUGUCCACCUAAACCAAGAGAUGGAACAGAUCAGUCUGAACUGAUUGAAAAGGAGAAGGAAGCUCUUACAGUUGAAGAUCUAGGAAUUUCAGAAGGAAAGAAAGACCUUUCAGAUGAAGAAGAAGAGAAAGAUGACCUUUCAGAGGGAGAAGAAGACAAAGAAGACCUUUCAGAACGAGAAGAAGAAAGAAGCAAUUCAAAUGAUGAGACCUCCGAAGAGGACUCUGCAGUGGAUGAAGGAUCAGCAACUGAAGAUGGAGGGAAUGUCCCAGACCAACAGUUGACUGAUGUGGAUGCUGAAAACUCAGUGAGGCAGCGCAAAAGUCAUGUUGCUGAUGGAGAACAGUAAUUUUUUGUGAAGGUAUUUCCAGGAAACUGGACCAAAGAAAUGUGUCAGUUGCCCUUCUGGUCUACAGUGGAAGCCAAAUUCUUAAUCUGCCCUGCAUGAGCCAGCUUCUCUCUUAAAAGCUUAUACAUAACAAACAUCUAGUCCUAAGAAGCAGUAACCCUCAUGUAGUAAUGAGACUCCUUUAGGCAUGACAAUCAAAAUCAAAAAUGAGAUCCAUUAUUCUGCUUGGAGUUUUGUGAUGAGAAAAUCUGUGGGGUAAGGAAGUUCUGGUUGUAAUAGGUUACCAUCACUCCUUUUUAAUAUUCUCUAGAAACAUUGCUUCAAGCCACAUGAGAUGAAAGCAUACUUGACUUCACACAUCAGCAAUAACAAAAUGUGCCCUAAAAACUGUAGCAGAAGUCUUGCUUCUUUAUUUGGUCUUGAGUAUUUUUGUCCAGCCUGAUGGAAAACAUCAGACAAUUAAGUCAGUCAAUAGAUAUUUAUUGAGAUAGAAACUGAGAAGCCCCUCAAUGUUAUCCUAGUAAAGUAACUGUGGGUAUGGUGGCUUAACUCUCAUCACUGCUCACUGAAGCACCUUCAUUAUGCUCCAUUAUUUUCCUUCUCAUUUUUCCUUCUCAAUGUUUCUUUUGAAAAUAUACUGAGUGCACUGUGACAACAGGGACUGGUCUUAGACUGGGCUUGCUAUGUACAACAAACACCAGCACUCUUCAGUUCCUGGGUAUUCAGAGAAGCAGUGUACAAGUUAAUGUGACAUCAGCUGAGCUUAUUAUGACUUCAGGGGCUUAGAUCAUCAGAAACCACAGGCAAUGAAAUAUUGACAAGCAAAUGCUAAAAAUGACAUGGAACCUUCAGAGAUUCAAAAGGAAGUGGUCAUUUAGCAGGAGGAAUUUUUUUUUUUUUUGCCAAAAGGCAAUCUUCCCCCCACCCCCUUCAAAUAUUUCAUUGAGAAAUCUUCUCUCUGAAGCCAGUAAAUCCUCUUCAUCUUGCCAAUACAAGCAAGUCAUGUGAGAAGAACUGCAGUAUGAUGUGGUACUAUUUCCAUCACUAGAGUAGCUCCCUGGCACCAUUUGAGCUACUUUAGUAAUCAUAACAACUAAAAAGCCACUUACGGUUUCCUUUUUAGUGAACUGACCGACUGGUGAAAGAAUGAGUGAAAAUCUAGAGCAGGAAAUGAGAGAAAUGGUUUCUUCUCUUCCCGCCUACCCCCCAACUCUCUUUAAUCCUACAAAGAAAUGAGUCUUUGUAAAUCUCUCAAUACUUGACUUAUUAAAAGUACCCAGGGGUUUAGUUUCUUUUAAAAAAACUUUCUUUUUACUUGAUUUAUUUUUUAGAAAUAAGUUGAGAAAAUCAGGAACCAAGUUGUACAUAGAUUCCCAAGGUAGGGCCUCUUUCACACCUACCUCCCCCCCCCCCCUGCUUUUUUUUGCAUGCAACAGAGUACAUAAUAAGGAUUUUAUAAAAUCCAGAAAUUAUUUUGUCACCUUUAAAAAUGAAUUGGAUCAGGGCAGCUGGGUGGCGCAGUAGAUAGAGUACUGGACCUGGAUUCAGGAGGACCUGAGUUCAAAUUCGGCCUCAGACACUUAACACUUACUAGCUGUGUGACCCUGGGCAAGUCACUUAACCCCAAUUGCCUCACCAAAAAACCCCAAACAAACAAACAAAAAACAUGAAUUGGAUAUGUACCUGGCUUUUUAGAUUGCAUUAGAACAAGGAAAUUAGUGUAUGAUUCUGAGAAUCUCUGCCCUCCUAUGGUUGAAUGAAGUAUUACAGGACUCACUCAAAACUAGUAUUAAUUUUCAUAAAAUAAAUAAAAUCUUAUUCUGGGAUUAGUUUACAUCUUUUUAAAGUUAGUCAAGUUUUGUUAGUAUUGUUGUUUUUAGUCCCCUUCCCCUCCAUCCCCAACAGGAUGUGGGGUAGGGGGAUAGAGGGUUGGAAAGAUAAUGAUUAAAAAGAAAGGAUUUAUUCCAAGACGUUAUAGGGUUUAUUUUAAGCCCUUGAAGUCCCAUGGUUGAGUGUUUAUUUCAUGGUUUUGCUGUUGCAAAGUAAAUAUAGAAAUAAACUCUUUCAAAGGAAUAGGAAACAUUUUAGUGGCUUCCAUAUAUUUUAAAGAGGAUUUAAGGCUGUUAAAUGUUAUAUAUCCACAUUUAUGUGACUGAACAGUUGUAUCUUAGGAACUUACUAAGCAUCAGAGUAAAUAUGUCAUAGGUUUACUUCUUUUAUGGAGAAUCCAUCUAUUCUUUUGAACUAUUUCAAUGGCUCAGACAGUAUCGUGCACCCAGUGGAUGCUUGAUUCAUAUUAUGUGAUCUUGAUGAUCAGUUACAUCUGAUUAAUAUUAAUGUUAUAUAAGGUACUUAAUAUAUCCCAGAAAAGAGACUUGAUCCUUUACUCCCCAAUUAUUUAAAAUAAGGGAAUGGUAUCCUUUUAUGCUUCAGUACUUUUGUUCUUGCUAUAGCUAUAUAGACUUAAGAGCUUUAAGAAAUCACAAAUCUGUUGGACCUUCACUCCAUCCUGUUUGUUUGUUUUUUCUGGUAGGAUUAUUAUUCUUCUCUCCUCAAAAGAGAUAACAUCUUCACAAGUACUACACAAACACAAUACCAGUGGUCUUUCUAAUUAUUUGAAAUAAAUUUAGCCCAUAGAAAGAGCUCUGUAUUUGGGUUUGAAUUCUGGACUUUCUACAUACUACCCAUGUGACCCUUGGCAGGUUAUAUCACCUAUGUGGACCUUAGAAUCUUCAUCUAUAAAAUGAGAGGCCAGAGUACAUAAUGUCAAGGUCUGUUUUCACUCUAUAUCUGUGAUCCUAUUGUUUCUAAAGUAUCUGUGUUAUGGUUGUUUUUCAGUCAUUUCAGUUGUGUCUGACUCUUUGUGAUUAUGUAAAAUGAAAUUUGGUAUGAUAGGUAAGCAAUAGAGUGAUUGUGGUUUUGGAGUGGGGAAUAUAGUCCUUUAAAGUGGUAACAGGAUAAAACAAAUACUUCUUUGAAGAUCUUCAAACCAUCUUUCUACCUUAUUAUUUCAAAUUUCAUGGUUUAAAACUAGGUUUAUGGAUAAACCACUCCUCCUAUUUCUCUAUUUGAAAGUGAAAUAAAUAAGCCUUCCUCUCCCCACCUUCACUUCCAGCUUUAAAGAAAGAUCAGAGGGUGGGAAUCAUUCAAGUAUGGAAGCCUUGAAGUGCAAUCUUUGUUUAUUUCCAGUUCAUUUAAUCACCAUCUUAUUUAUAUGUCACUUAAAUCAUGUAAAGAAAUGAAAAGUAAAUGUUAUAUUCUCUAAAAAUUGUAGUUUCAACAGGGUUGGCUUUCAAAGAACAGUUCUGAAUUAUUUGCUAGCAAAGACACCCUGUUGUUUUCUAUGGGAGUUCUGUAUGUUUUCUGCAAAAUUGCAUAUACUCCAACCCACCACUUAAUUGCAAAGGGUGGGGGUGAGUGAGGGGGGUUGUUCUUUGUUCUAAAAUCAGUGUUAAGCAUCUGACAUUUUAUGACCUGGUCUUUGAGUAGUAGAGGAAAAAAAAAAACUUUUAAGUGAUGGUGGAAGGGGUUAUUAAAAGGGGUAGGGGAUAGUAAAGACUGGGCAAGAUAAGCUAAGUUUGUGAUUUAUUUGUUGAAUGAAUGAUUGCAUCAUAAGAGGGUAAGUCAGGGUGGAGAGGGAAAAGAUGUAGGUUGGUGUUUUGUUCUAAAAUGACUAUUUUAUUUUUCUUUGGCAUCCUUCAUCUCAAUUAAAUAUUGAAGUGUUGUUUCUGUCAGUAUUAUAGAUGAAUAGUUUAUUCAAGCUGCCACAUUGCCAAGGUUUUCAAAAAUAUUUGCCUUUGUCUUCUGUGCCAACAGUAAAAUUAUUUUAUUGUUACAUUUUGUUUACCUCAUUCAUGUGUUUUUAUUCACUUGAGAAAACCACAGCUUAUUUUGAAAAAUUGAAAUGUAGAAUUAACUUAUUCAAUAUAGUGUGUGUUAUUACAUGACUGAUUGGGAUAAGAGAUCUUUGAGAAAACCAUUUCUCUAUUAACAUCAUGAAACUAAUUACCAGCAUGGUUAAACUAAGCUUUCUCCUAAUCAGUUUACUUAUUAUAAAGAAAGUUUGAGGUAGAAGGUAACUAAUGUAUAUGAAUCAUGCAGCUUUGACUUUUUUGUAUUGGCUACAAAUGUUAAAUGAUAUUUAUGUUACACAGCUUUUUUCAUGGAAAUGCAAUCUUUUUAUACUAAAGUUCAGCAGACAUACUAUUGCAUAUUUGUAUUGCAAUACCUUAUAAAUUUACUAUUUAAACUCUG